UUUUCUUAUCAAUGACAUCAUUUUAUUGCUACAGUUCAUCAUUAAAACAAGUGUUGUUAACAUUCACUUUAUUUUUAAUAUAAAAGAUAGUCGCCGCAUUAAUUGUUGAGUGACUGACCCAGUGAAGAAAUACUUUCGGUAGGGAGUGGGAUGAAUUUAAAGCUUGUUGGACCUUCAAACUGGAAAAAAAAGUGCGUUGACAGUAAUUCUUAAACGUGUCUGCUUUGAAACAUCCAGACGAAGACGCUUAAAAAUAUUUUUCUUUCGUGGGAGUGAGUGAAUUGGCUUGGCUUUAAUUAGCAUUACAUUGACUCUAGGUCGAUAGGCAUUUUUAUCAUUCGAAAUAGUUGAGAAUUUCAAAGUGUUUAGUGAUUUUGGAAUUUUUUUUUUUCAUUUUUGCUACAAAAAAGUGCAGAAAUUAUAUUCAAUAAUGGCGUUAUCCUUAAGUUUUAGACGAUUUUUAUAUCACUCCAGAGGAAGUCGAGAAUUUUCAAAUGUUGGAUUUAUUGGUUUGGGACAAAUGGGAAGCAGAAUGGCAAAGAAUAUUUUAAAGAAGGGUCAUAAACUAACAGUGUUUGAUGUUAAUAAAUUUGCUGUUACCAAAUUAUGCGAAUCAGGAGCAACAAGUGCAGAAAGUGCUGCGGAAGUUUCACAAACCUCGGAAAUAAUAAUAACAAUGUUACCAUCCAAUAAACAUGUUUUGGACUGUUACACCGGUGAAAAGGGAAUUUUGAGUUUUGCAAAGAAGAAUACACUUUUAAUUGACAGUAGUACAAUAGAUCCGUCUGUUUCCGAGACGGUUUCUCAAGAAGCCGAAAAGAAAAAUAUGAGAUUUAUCGAUGGACCAGUCUCUGGAGGAGUGAAUGCGGCUGAAAAUGGUACCUUGACUUUUAUGGUUGGAGGUUUGAGAAACAAUUUUGAUGAUGCAAAAUCAAUUUUCGAAGCCAUGGGAUCAAGAAUUGUUCAUUGCGGUGAAAAAGUUGGUAUGGGACAAGCUGCUAAACUUUGCAACAACAUGCUUCUUGCAAUCAGUAUGAUUGGCACAGCUGAAGCUUUCAAUCUUGGUCAAAAGUUGGGAUUGGAUUCAAAAGUAUUAGCAGAAAUUGUUAAUUCAAGUUCAGGAAGAUGUUGGGCUUCUGAAGUUUACAAUCCAGUUCCAGGACUAAUUCCAAAUGUUCCAAGUAGCAAUAAUUACCAGGGAGGAUUUGGAACAACGUUAAUGGCGAAGGAUUUGGGACUAGCUCAAGAUAUUGCGAGUAGAAGUAAAACACCAAUUUUACUUGGCUCUUUAGCGCAUCAAAUUUAUCUGGCCGUCAUUUCAAAAGGCUUUGCAGAUAAAGAUUUCAGCGUGAUUUAUCAAUUUUUAAAAGACGAUAAAAAAACAUAAUUUGGAAAAUUUAUUUCCUUAUUGUUAUUAUGUUAACUAAUUAAAAUUUUUCAUUACUGUUUAA